UAUUAUGAGCCUCAACCGGCUAAAACAGGCACACGGACUGACGGACAAUGUGGUAGCUUGAUUCGAGGGCUUUAUGAGGCAGUUACUACUCUGAAAUAUUUGCAGUUAGUCAUGGUGUAUUUGCGAAGGAGAUAGUUGUGGAGAGACUCUGCUUGUUAGCUAGUCAUCAUUGUCAUCAAUUUCUUCUCUUCACCCUUUUCUUCAAAUUCUGUUUUUGGCCGACCUACCUGGUAUGUGCACUUUUACCAAUUCAGCUCGGAUCAAAGAUUGGGAUCUUUUAGGGUCUAAACAAAGAUGGGAUUUUUACAUCUUGCUUUGUCUUUAUGCUGUGUUGUUGUUCUUGGUGGUUUUUCACUGGGCCGGUCUUCUUUCACCCCAGUUGAUUGUUUCUUGAUUGGCUGCGGUAACAGUAAAUCCGUAGAAUUUGAGGAUGGUAGGGUUUUCCAACCAGAUUAUGGAAAUUCUAACGUGGGAUUGUUUACAAAUUCCCACGUUGUGGUCUCAGAUUCUGGGAAGAAGGGUUUGUCUGAUCUUUAUAAUUCUGCCAGAGUUUUCACCACCCCUUCCACUUACACCAUUAGAAAUAACCAGUCUGGGAGACACUGGCUAAGAUUACAUUUUUACCCAGUCAAGAACAAUGAUUAUGACUUGAAAGCGUCUUCUUUUUCUGUUGUGGCAAAUGGGAUAACUCUACUCCACAGAUUUUCUCACCGCCAGAAUGGGCCGCUAGUCAAGGAAUAUGUUGUUGAAGUAAACGGGUCGGGUUCGGAUGGUUUAUCACUGACCCUCUCUCCACGGGUGGGCUCAGUUGCGUUCAUCAAUGGAUUGGAAGUGAUUUCUGUCCCUAAGGGUCAAUUUGAUUUUGGGGUUGUCCCAAUCCCAAUUGAUUCUUCAUUAACCUCUUUGAUUCCUUCCUCCAGUGCCCUUGAGACAGUCUACAGGUUGAAUAUGGGAGGCUCAAAUAUGACCUCUGAAAAUGACCCGUUUUGGAGGGACUGGAAAUCAGAUUACCCAUUUCUUGUCCAUCCUUCUGCCGCUGUGAAUGUGAGCACAGAUCCUAGAUCGGUCAAGUAUGCUGCUGGAGUAACGGUUGAGAUUGCACCAGAUUGGGUUUACGCCACCGUCCAAGAAAUGGCUGAGGCCCAAGUAGUUGAGCCUAACUUCAAUUUAACAUGGGUGUUUGGAGUUGACCCGGGGUACACUUACUUCCUAAGGAUGCAUUUUUGUGAUAUUGUCAGUGAUGCUCUAGGUGAGUUGAUCUUUAAUGUUUAUGUGAAUGAAUAUAUCGCCGUGGAUUCUCUUGAUAUCUCAGCUAAGACAACGGCAUUGUCAGUUGCUUACUUUCUUGAUUUCACUGUCAAUGUUUCUGAGGGGGGAUCAGAUAACCUUUACAUUAAAGUGGGUCCAUCUACUUCUGGGAGAGUCCCGGUCAAUGCAAUUUUGAAUGGUUUAGAGAUAAUGAGGUUGAGUGAUUCUAGUAAACGCCUUGAUGUUAACAUUGGUUUGAUUUCCAGUGAUUAUUACAUGGCCUCCAAGACUAAGAAGCAUUUGAUGAUAGUGGCUUUUGCAUGUUUGGGAAGCUUAUUAUUGAUUUUUCUUCUCGUUUUGAUUUCUUGUUGUUUCUUUUAUGUGCGAUUUUCAAACGUCUCAGAAAAGCUCAAACCAAAAACUUAUGUUUCUUGGGUUUCAAAUCUUAAUACUAAGAGUUGGGAUUUCAUUUUAAAAUGCCAUCAUGUUGAUAGUGGCCCAACACCUACCUUUGGAGUUUCCCCGACCUUUGCUUCAUCAAUGCCUACUACUAUUAGCUCACGACACAUUUUCUCCUUUGCCGAGAUUCUUGUUGCCACAAAGAAUUUUGAUGAGGGUUUGGCCAUAGGAGUGGGCGGGUUCGGGAAAGUAUACAAAGGUUUGCUUGAAAAUGGGGUCAUGGUCGCGGUGAAGAGAGGAAGCAGGAAAUCUCAACAAGGGUUGCUUGAGUUCAGGACAGAAAUUAUGAUGCUCUCAAAGCUUCGCCACAAGCAUCUCGUUUCUCUAAUUGGUUUUUGCGAAGAAAUGGACGAGAUGAUCCUCGUGUAUGAGUUCAUGGCAGGCGGACCCCUCAGGAAACACUUGUACAGUGAGCCCCACCUCCCGGCGCUGUCAUGGAAACAAAGGCUUGAGAUAUGCAUAGGUGCUGCAAAAGGACUUCAUUAUCUUCACACCGGGGCUGCAUCAGAGAGAAUCAUCCACCGCGACGUGAAGACGACAAACAUCUUGCUCGAUGAGAAUUUGAAGGCAAAGGUGGGAGACUUUGGUUUGUCAAAAUUUGGGCCUGCGUUGGACCAAACCCAUGUGAGCACCGCCGUGAAGGGUAGCUUUGGGUACCUCGACCCGGAGUACUACCGUAGGCAACAACUGACAGAGAAGUCCGACGUGUACUCGUUUGGCGUUGUGCUCAUGGAGGUUCUGUGUGCCCGCCCCCCCAUCAACCCCACCCUCCCGAGAGAGCAAGUGAAUAUUGCAGAAUGGGCGAUGCAGUGGCAAAAGGCGGGUCGGGUCGAGGAGAUCAUUGAUCCUCGCCUCUUAGGAAAGGUGAACGAGCGGUCGUUAAGAAAGUUUGGGGAGACAGCUGCGAAGUGUUUGGGUGAGUACGGGAGCGACAGGCCGUCUAUGGGAGACGUUCUGUGGAAUCUUGAGCAUGUGCUUAAAUUACAAGAGGCUUGUGGGCUUGUUCCUCACACUGAAUCUGGAGAAUCUUCCACAGCCGUGUCCUCGAGAUUUUGAAUAAAAAAGAAUAUGAAUGAGCCUGCAAUAAAAGGCAGGCUUAUACGAUCUCAGAAUCAUUUCUAGCUUUCACAAUAGAAUUCAUGGCAAAUUUUAUGCCAAUUGUAUUUCUAUGUUUUGGUUUAGUAAUGAUUAAUGACAUAGAAUUUUCAUCAAAUCUUAAGUCGACAUCUUGAAAUGAAAUAUUGUUCGGAAAUACAUUUACCA